AUGGAACGUGGAGAAGGUUCUCAUGGCUGUCACAGAAACCCAAGAUCUAGCUCUUCUGCAGCAAAAUCCAGAAACAAUGACGAGAAAGCCCCUAAACGGUCUGCCCGUGAACAAGACCAGUAUAUGCCCAUAGCUAACGUGAUAAGGAUCAUGCGUUGCAUCCUCCCACCGCAUGCCAAGAUCUCUGACGAUGUCAAAGAAACCAUUCAAGAAUGUGUGUCGGAGUACAUCAGUUUCAUCACCAGUGAGGCCAACGUGCGGUGCCGCCACGAGCAGCGCAAGACUAUCACUGCAGAAGACGUGUUAUGGGCCAUGGGUAGGCUGGGGUUUGACAACUACGUAGACCCUCUCACUGUCUUCCUCAACAGGUACCGGGAGGCUGAGACACAGCGCACCUCCCUUCGCGGAGAGCCUAAUGUGAAGCGGACUGUGAAUUUUGGUGGUGGUGGUGCUGCUGCUGCUGGUACGGUGAAUUAUGGAGCAGCAUUUCCUCAACGUGAAAAUAUCGAUGCUGCAACAAUAUUGAAUGCGUACCUUAGGGAUGGCUCCAGUGGAGGUGGUGGAUCCAAUUCCCAGGCCAACUUUGAUCCAUUUCAUCAAUUCAAAUGA